AGGAAGACAGAGGCAGCGAGGCAGGAGAGCGAGAGAGGCGAAUAAGUGUCCUUAAGGCGGGAGGGAGAGAGAGGGCGCGAAGUGCGGAAGGCAAAGGCAGGCGAAAGAAAGAGAAACGGCGAGGGAAAGAGAGGCCCAGUGGAGAGAUUCGGUGGAUCCGGCGGAUCGGCCUGGCCAGUGGACGAAACCUCGUCUCGGCGCGGAACAGCGCGGAACCUGUCGGAAGAGACUGGAGGAACGGGAGGAACCGAACGGCCGCUCGUGCGCGGGAACCCUCGGCGUCGGACUGUAUCGGUGUUGCGUUUCACCUCUCGUUCGCCUGGGCGAUUUCUAUGAAAGUACCGUGUCUCCCGAGCGCCCAGCCGAAUCCCGAGGCUUUGUUUACCAGCAGGAAGGACCUGGGGCCGCGGUAAUCAGGAUACGAUCAAAAGUGGAAGAACGAAAGAAUUAAUCGGACGCAAUGGCGUUAUCCGAGCAGGCGUCAAAGUUAUUAGACUUCAACCAAAAGUUGGAUAUAACGCUCCUCGACAAUGUAGUAGGAUGUAUGUAUACCGGGAUAGGUGACGACCAACGAGCCGCUCAAGGAGUAUUGACCGCCCUAAAGGAGCAUCCAGAUGCUUGGACUCGUGUUGAUACAAUUCUUGAAUAUUCACAGAACCAACAAACAAAGUACUAUGCCUUACAAAUUUUGGAACAAGUGAUAAAGACCCGAUGGAAAGUGUUGCCAAGAAAUCAGUGCGAGGGUAUAAAAAAGUACAUAGUAGGACUUAUUAUCAAAACCAGUAGCGAUCCUGAAACCAUGGAAGCUUCUAAAGUAUAUUUGAAUAAAUUGAAUAUGAUAUUGGUACAGGUUUUGAAACGGGAAUGGCCCAAAAACUGGGAAUCCUUCAUCGGCGACAUUGUUGGCGCAAGUAAAACGAACGAGAGUUUGUGUCAGAAUAACAUGACAAUUUUGAAAUUAUUGUCGGAAGAAGUGUUUGACUUUUCGAGUGGGCAGAUGACUCAGACCAAAGCGAAGCAUUUGAAGGACACAAUGUGCAGCGAGUUCUCACAGAUUUUCCAACUUUGCCAAUUUGUAAUGGACAAUUCACAGAAUGUGCCAUUGGUUGCGGUAACGUUGGAGACCCUUUUGAGAUUUUUAAAUUGGAUUCCACUUGGGUACAUAUUUGAGACGAAGCUGAUCACAACCCUGAUAUUUAAGUUUUUGAACGUGCCGAUAUUCCGGAACGUCACCCUGAAAUGCCUGACCGAGAUCGCCGCCGUGACCGUGACGAGUUACGACGACAUGUUCGUCGUCCUCUUCGUGAACACGAUGCAGCAGUUGGAGCAGAUGCUGCCGCUGGACACGAAUAUACGUAACGCCUACGCGAUGGGCCAGGACCAGGAGCAGAACUUCAUCCAGAACCUGGCCAUGUUCCUCUGCACCUACCUGAAGGAGCACGGCCAGUUAGUCGAGAAGAAGCCGUUGAACGACACCCUGCUGAAGGCGCUGCACUACCUCGUGCUGAUAUCCGAGGUCGAGGAGGUCGAGAUAUUCAAGAUCUGCCUGGAGUACUGGAACGGCCUAGCGGCCGACCUCUACAAGGAGAGCCCCUGCAUGUCGCCGUUGCCUCUCUUCAUGGCCAAGAGCAACAUGGCCAUCCCCCCGAGGCGACUCUUCUACUGUCCGGUCCUGACCAAGGUCCGGUACAUCAUGAUCAGCCGGAUGGCCAAGCCCGAAGAGGUUCUCGUCGUCGAGAACGAGAACGGCGAGGUCGUCAGGGAGUUCAUGAAGGACACCGACUCGAUCAAUCUUUAUAAGAACAUGAGGGAGACCCUGGUUUACCUCACGCAUCUCGAUUACGUCGACACCGAGAGGGUCAUGACGGAGAAGCUUCAGAAUCAGGUUAACGGCAGCGAGUGGUCCUGGAAGAAUCUCAACACGUUAUGCUGGGCAAUCGGCAGCAUUUCUGGCGCUAUGCACGAGGAGGAUGAGAAGCGAUUCCUGGUGACUGUAAUCAAGGAUCUCCUUGGCCUGUGCGAACAGAAGAAGGGUAAAGACAAUAAGGCCAUUAUUGCCAGCAACAUCAUGUACGUCGUUGGACAGUAUCCACGCUUUCUGAGGGCGCACUGGAAGUUCCUCAAAACCGUAGUGAACAAACUCUUUGAGUUCAUGCAUGAAACACACGAGGGUGUUCAAGACAUGGCUUGCGAUACGUUCAUCAAGAUAGCGCACAAGUGUAGGCGGCAUUUCGUGAUGGUGCAGGUGGGGGAGGCAGUACCCUUCAUAGAGGAGAUCCUAUCGGAUAUCAGUAGUAUUAUUUGUGAUUUGCAAACACAACAGGUGUAUACAUUUUACGAGGCUGUGGGCUACAUGAUAAACGCUCAGGUUGAUACCGUGGUUCAAGAAAAGCUUAUAGACAAGUACAUGCUGCUGCCCAACCAAGUGUGGGACGAUAUCAUCAGCCAAGCCGCCAAAAAUGUCGACGUAUUGAAGGACCAAGAAGCUGUCAAGCAGCUCGCGAGCAUCUUGAAGACAAACGUUAGGGCUUGCAAAGCCAUUGGCCAUCCGUACGUGGUGCAGUUAGGAAGGAUAUAUUUAGAUAUGUUAAAUGUAUACAAGGUUAUGAGCGAGAAUAUAAGUGCGGCUAUCGCAUUGAAUGGUGAGGUUGUUAUGAAACAGCCAUUGAUUAAAAGCAUGAGGGUUGUCAAGAAAGAAACACUCAAGUUAAUCUCCGAUUGGGUUAGCCGAUCGAAUGAUCAUCAAAUGGUGUUAGAGAAUUUUAUACCGCCUUUAUUGGAUGCUGUGCUGCUAGACUACCAGAAGACGCACGUUCAUUGCGCCAGAGAACCAGAGGUGCUCAGUACUAUGGCCACAAUAGUAAAUAAACUCCAGAACCACAUAACCAGUGAAGUACCAAAAAUAUUUGAUGCCGUGUUCGAGUGCACGCUCGAGAUGAUCAACAAGGACUUCGAAGAAUUCCCGGAACACAGAACAAACUUCUUCCUACUACUGCAGGCUGUGAACGUUCACUGUUUUCCUGCGUUCCUUUUCAUUCCACCGGCACAAUUCAAACUAGUCCUAGACUCCAUAAUAUGGGCCUUCAAGCACACCAUGAGGAACGUAGCCGACACGGGAUUGCAAAUCCUACAUCAGCUACUGCAGAAUAUCGAGCACGAGGAGCAGGCUGCUCAAAGCUUCUACCAGACCUACUUCACAGACAUUCUACAGCAUGUAUUUAGCGUAGUUACUGACACAUCUCAUACAGCUGGUUUGACAAUGCACGCAACUAUUUUGGCAUAUAUGUUUACACUGGUCGAGUUGGGAAGGAUCAAGGUACCACUAGGCCCCAUGACCGACAACAUGUUGUACGUUCAGGAAUUUGUUGCCAGCUUGCUCAAAGCAGCAUUUCCUCAUUUAACGGACAACCAGAUCAAAAUUACAGUUCAAGGCCUGUUCAACCUCGAUCAAGAUAUUCCGGCGUUCAAGGAGCACCUCAGAGAUUUCCUUGUUCAGAUCCGGGAGUACACGGGAGAGGACGACUCGGACCUGUACCUAGAGGAGCGGGAAAACACCUUGCGAGCGGCUCAGGAGGACAAGAGGAGGCAGCAGAUGGCGGUGCCGGGCAUCCUGAAUCCUCACGAGAUGCCCGAGGAAAUGCAGGACUGAGUCCCAGACGGCCCCGCCGAGCCGACCCGUCCCUUCGUUUUUGUCUAAAUAAAAAGGAGAAAAACUCUGGUAGCCUCUGUUCCGCGUUUGCCCCUCGAUACGCCUCGUACGGUCACCCCGAAGCCGGUAAAAAAGGAAAAAAAAGAAAGACGACGCCUCCGCCUAAAGAAAACUAUCCGGAAGCCGCCGCGAUCCCUUCUCGCCGCCACUGCCAGCGCCGCCACCGUCGACUCGAGCGCCACCUGGAGCUAGCCGCGAGCACGACCACCGCGUCGCGCUCGUCGAGAGAAAGAGAAAGAGAGAAAGAGAGAAAGAGAGAGAGAGAAAGUGAGAGAGAAAGGGAGAGAGAGAAAGAGAGAAACAGAGAAAGAGAGACUCUUCUCUCGACUCGUAUUCCUGAUCGUCGCGACGCGGCGAAUGCAUACUACUACUACUACUGAUUAACUACUUAUUAAAAAACGGGGGAAAAAAGGAAAAAAAGAAAAACAAGCUGACGAAUGUAAAAUACUUAUAACGCCCUAGUUGAGGAGAUGAGACGGUGAGACGUGGUGAUUGUUUGUCUGUUAUAGGAUGCGCGCGAGAGGGAGAGCCCGAGAGAAUUUCCGUUGUGGAUAUGAUGUGGGAAAGAGAACGAAAGGGGAAAGAGGAUACGUGAGAAUGCCUGCUCGGCGAUGCUAUUUCAUGGACUCCGGGGUCUGCGUGGCCUCGCCUUACCGGUCACCCGUGUGUGCAAGGGACGAGCGCUAGAGAGAAGUGUGUGAGUGCGUGGAAGAGAGGGACACGGCUUGGCCGAUCUCCCUGUGACUCGGACUACUGUCGUAUUCGCCCUGGGUGAAUAUUCUUAACCGCGGGGCCUAUUCUCCUCUCCCAGUUUGUACUUUAGAAUCGCGGCCCGAGGCGCCGUCGCCGAGGGGAACCCCCACGCGGCUCGGUCGAGAUUGCGGGGCCUUAGUUUGCGAGACUCUCGGCCAGAUGGCGCGAGGGGACUCCUCGCGGCGGCGCCGCCGCAACUCCAAGAAUGGGCCGGCCACGCUCGGCGGACGCAGACCGAUUUAGAACAAAGGCAAGGACGCAAAUGUUAGAGCGUGAUAAGUCGUGAUAUGAAAGUCUCAUGUAUAUCAUACCGCCAUACCGAAAGUUCCAAAUAUUUCUACAACUUUUCUCCUAAUUGGGCGUACCGAAUCAUUUGAAAAUUCCUCACGAGAUUACGAAGAACGCGGUGCUCGUGGAAUUUCAUUUUUAUGAAAGAAAAAUUGUAUUUAUCUCGGACAAGAACCAAAAGGAAGACAUUUUUGGCUCGGAAAGUGGAAUUUCACGAGCAUUGGGAUUUUCCUUAGGGCCUCCAUAACCAUGUGUUAAAAUUUCAGAUUAUGCGGUACACCCAGUUUGGAGAAAAGUUUUAUAAAUAUUUUCACGUUUAUACAUGUAUGUAGAAUGACCCUUUCAUAUCCCCUUAAGGGGACGUGAUAGUGGCAUCUGGAGGGUCAAUCAUUCAUGAAGCUUUUCUAGGAACUGGGCAUACUGAAUCGCUUCAAACCUUACAAUGUAAAUAUGGAGGGUAUCCUGACACUCAUGAAAUUUCAUUUUUUAAGUACAAUUUUGAAAAUAUCUAUAAACAAAUUUAAAA